UCAACUCUUCAUGUCUCUCUCCAAACCGUUUUUCUACUAGACUCAUCAACCAACCCCUCUUUCUCUUUCUCUCAUAUACCUCUUCCCUAAUUUGUAAGCAAACCCCACAACCAUCACCAUCAUCAUUAUCAUCAUCAUUCCCACCCUAUGAAGCUUCUUUCUUAUUAUAAAUAAAUAUAUUUCUUUCUAUAAAACCUUCUCUUAUAUAUCUACAUCAAAGGAGCUAUAGGGAAAUAUAUAUAUUUUUUCCUAUCUAUCAAAGGGUGGGGGUGUAAAUAGUAAAAUGAGAAAGCCAGAAGCAUCAACCGGAAAAAACAACACCAACAAGCUUAGAAAAGGUUUGUGGUCACCAGAGGAAGAUGAGAAGCUGAUGAACUACAUGUUAAACAGUGGACAAGGUUGUUGGAGUGAUGUGGCUAGAAAUGCUGGGUUACAAAGGUGUGGAAAAAGUUGUAGGCUUAGAUGGAUCAAUUACUUGAGGCCUGAUCUUAAACGUGGUGCAUUCUCACCACAAGAAGAAGAACUCAUCAUCCAUUUCCAUUCACUUCUUGGAAACAGAUGGUCUCAAAUAGCGGCGCGAUUACCAGGAAGAACGGACAAUGAAAUUAAGAACUUCUGGAAUUCAACAAUAAAGAAAAGACUAAAAAACAUCUCAUCCAACACGUCGCCAAAUGCAAGUGAAUCAUCGUACGACCCUAACAAAGAUCCUAACAACAUGGGAGGGUUCAUAACUUCUUCAACACAAGAUCAAAAUAUUGAUCAUUUUAUGCCUAUGUUCAACACUUCAUCACCAUCAAUGCAAAACACAGUUCUCAAUACCAUCCUAGAGCAUGGAAUAAACAUGUCAUCUUCUAUUGGAGGUGGAUUCUUCAACAAUGCUACAACAGGAACAUAUUUCUCACAGAAUCAUGACAACAAAAGUUUUUAUUUGGAGAAAGUUUUUGGGAGUGUAAAUAUUAAUGGUGGAGAAGUGGAAGAAAUGGAGAUGUAUAAUGUUCCUCCUUUAGAGAGUGUUAGUGUUACUUCUGAAAAUAAUAUAAAAGUGGAGAAUAUAAAUGCAUUAUGCAAUGGAAAAGAUACUAACAAUAUUAGUAGUUAUCACUUUGAUGACAUAAACAACAACAUUAAUGUUAACAACUCAUGCAAUGGUAGUGAUGAAAAUAGAGCUCAUCAUGAGGUGGAGAAUUUAUUUCAUGAAGAUUUAAAUGUUGGAGAUUGGGACUUGGAGGAGUUGAUGAAAGAUGUUUCAUCAUUUCCCUUUCUUGAUUUUUCAAAUUGAUUCAACAAGCAUUUCUCAUAAUUUUACCUUUUUUAUUUUAUUUUUUAUAUUGGAUGAUAUAUUAAAACCUUUGUAAUAUUUGUAUUUUUGCUAUUAUACAGUACAGAUGAGGAGUAAAUUUUACUGAUUAAUAGGUAUAGGAAUGAAAUAAAAGCCAUGUAAUUAGUCUUGCAAAUUUGUCAAAUUGAGGUCAUUUUGUAAUUGUAUUUGUAUCCCACAGAAGCCUACUGUAGUUAUAUAAAUAUAUACAAGAAUCUAUCAUAUAUUAUGAUAUGUA